AUGAGAGGAGGGGAGCCUACUAGCCAGGAUGCGAAAGCCCUCAUCAUCCCGAACGAAAAAGACAAUUGGACAUAUGACAAGGGGGUUCGCCAGCCGUCGAGCAUGAUUGGAGCUCUUAUUAGGCAGUACUGGCCGGGCUUUUACACUCCGGUCCCCGGCGGCGAGAAGAAGCUAGCCGAGACUUGGGCGGACUAUGAGGCAGCUCCUUGCCCGGGCUUUGGGACAGCUUCUGACGCCGUGUACACCAAGUUUUGGACCCAUUAUAAGGUGCCUGAUGAUAUGGUUGAGCAAGGGAGGGCGGUACUGACUAGGGCUUGUCAGAGGUUGACAAGGCAACAGUGGUACAAUCAGAAGCAUACCUGCAUCGGGCACUUCAAGGCUGAGCAGGGCACGAGCGUCAAGAAAGCUGACAAUAUCAGGGACGAUCCUCAGCUGACAAAGGAAGAUUACUUGAAGGUUAUGCCCCUAUGGUGCGAGAAUAAGGAAGACGCAUUUGAGGCCUUGGUAGCGAGGUGGGUUGGCGAAGACGCCGACUUCAACGCCAAGAGCGCGCGCAACAAGGCAAACCGGGGCACUCGGAGGAACACACAGUGCGGGAAGCCGCCUGCACCGAGCGCUACAGGAAGCACAAGGAGGCGGAACUCGGGGAGCCUCUCACCGAGGUGGGAGGGUGGCAGAAGAUGA